UAUAAAGGAAAUUAAUUAUUUGUGGAAUGAAAAAUAGUAAAGUUGUCUUGCUAAAGUGUCCGAUAAUGCCAACAACAGCAAACGUCAUUCCAGAUAAAUAACAAAACGUAUCACCUACAAAUAUCUGUGCUGGGUACCUUGAACAACGAAUAAUUACAUAUUUUUUUUUAAAUGCCUAUCAUUGUUUUGUAGUUUUUUUAUUCAAAACAAAGUUAUACUCGUCUAAUUAUGAACGUAGGAACGCUCAAUAAUGCGUUUUAAUCGUAGGUUUUCAAAUGCAUUUUGUAUAUGCUGUUGAAGUUGGACAAAAUUGUACCGUAUCUUAGAACAGGUUUGACGAACUUCCCCGCCGCGGGCUACACAACUUCCCCUUCAGCGAUUUCCCCACUAUCAAGAAUGCAAACGGCGAGAAUAACGGUGUGUGUGCAAAGUUUGAGCGUGAUAAGGAUGCAUGUGGCUGUGUUACGAAAAUCAGCGAUCAAGUAGGAGGAAAGGGCCCGUAGACCACAAGUAAGUACCUAGUCAGGUCUGCUUGGCAUAUGACUGGUUGGGAAUCAUAGUGGUGUAAGUCACACUGGACUGUUUCUCAUGAAACGGUGUUUUGCGUUUAUUGUUUUUACAAAAUUUCAUAUACAUAUACACUUGUGUCAAUGAUUUUUGUGACUCGCUGUAUAUGUAUAGUCUGUCCGCUCUCAGGCAUUGCUAUAGUUAUACACCGCACUGUAUUAUAUGAGAAUUAUGGCGCUCAUAACAAAUGAGUUAGGGCGGUAUGAAACGCGUGCGCCUUAGAAGGAUCCGCGAUCGCGCUUGCCGACGAUUCAGUAAAAGAGUGUGUGGGAGAAGCAUUCGGGCGUGGUUUUUCAGCUCGUCCGCUCUCAGGGAGACAGCCUAAGAAGGCGAAAGGAUUUCGAUAGAUCGGCGGCGGACAUGUACGAGCUAAGGAUCGGACUCGCUGUGGAGAGUUGAAAAUAUGUGGCAUUAUGCGGAAACCAAUUUUACAAGUAGCAAAACGUCGAAGGUCGGCUAGAAGACACGCUGUUUCGUUUACUGAAGAAGUUUAUUAACGAGUGAUCGUGGCCAUUUAAGAAUUAAAUGGCACGCCGGGGAGCGGUGACGUCCCGGUUUAAACGUCACGACGAAAAGGCGUUCACAUCAACGUUAGCCUCAGACUAUAUCACACGUACAUCGAUUAUAUACACACUUUUGGAUGGGCCUCUCUCGUAACAAAAAUGUUGCAAUCGCAAUAAAAUUUUUAUAAGACUAUAAAAUGAGCAACUGACAAACUAAAGCGAAGACGGCAGUGCGAUGCAGCCCCGCCUAGAUGGGAAACUAGCCUUGCUAUAUACACUGUUAGUCUUACAAGUUCUUAUUGUUAUGAUUUAUGUUGCUACAACUCCGCCUUCAGAGUUAACUUUAUCGACGACACAUACCUCUGUCACAUUCGUAAAAUUUGAAGAGCCUCAGGUAAGAUUUCAUCGGCUAUCAAAUAUUAUAUGUAACAUUUUAUCAUUUACUUCUAACUCGUACAAUAUGUUACAGGAAUCUCAAAUUCAACAAAUCGAUCGUAUAAAGUUUCCCAUCUAUCAGACAAUCAACAGGGAAGUAGUACUAAAAGAUGUCAAAACUUUUGAGCUGUUUGAUACAUACAAUCGUACCAUUUGUUGGAAAUACGGGGUGAAUAAUCAGAAAAUGAGAAAUGGAGAAGAUCUCCAAAAAUGCAUUUGCACUCAAGGAUGGCAUGGAUCAGACUGUGGUCAACCAGAAGUUGUCUGGAGGGCAAUUAUGGCAUCGAAACAAAAUAUUAAACUAAGACAUCGGAAGAUAGCUAGACGUAUUAUUCAUACAUUUUUUCUGAAUGAAUAUAAUUCAGCAACUGCAGAGGUGAUAGUAGAAGAACUAUACAAUGUAGUGGAUCUUUUUGUAAUCUGUGAUUUCAGUAAUGCAGAGGAUAAUUUUCAUCAUAAGCUACUUAAAGGUUUAUUGCAACAAGAACAGAAAAAGAUUUUAUAUAUUAAUAUAGCAACAAAGGUGCACAAGCCGUUAAGAGUAGUGUCUAUGUACGUCUGGGAGAAAAUAAAGACUGUAGUACGAAAUUUAAAGGACGACGAUAUUUAUGUAACGACUGAAUCGGAACAAAUAUUAAACUCCAGGGCAUUAAUGUUCCUUAAGGUAUAUAAUGGAUGGCCCCAACCUAUUGGUUUUAGAUUAAGAUGGUCCGUUUAUGGAUUCUUUUGGCAACAUCCGCUUAAAACAACGAUAACGGUUGGUGCGUGUACAAUUGGAUUAAUGCGGGAAGUUUACCGAUCGAAUUCGAUCACGUUGGAACAACUAGAAGGAGACUUAAGUGAAAGAGAUAGUCUAGGUCUAGUGAUAGGAGACUUAAAUCAUUAUGGUGGAUGGUAUUGUUAUCUGUGCCAGGCACCGGCAAAUAUUAUAACUAGUCUGCACAAUAAAGUUAAAUCCAAAGAAAUUCAAAUAAAAAAAACUAUUGACAUACCAUUCAUUGAGGACCUAAUAGGAAGCGGAUUGUGGUUAGACGGGAAAACUAAUCUCCUAAGAGUCUCUAAAUCUCGGGACCUCUAUUUUGCGCCUGAAACAAUACUUAAUAAUACAUGGAAGUACGACUGGCUGGUAGAAAAUUUUUAUGCUAAAUUAGACUAUUAUUGACAUACUGAUCGCACCCGACUGUGAUAUUAAUUCAUACUCAAUAUUCAAUGUAAACUAUACAAUAUUGUACUGAAUUUAUAUACCAAAAUAAUAUGUUGAUUGAAUUGUGAAUAAUAAAUGAUUUAUACGUAUAAGUUACAAAGAAACCAAGAAUCUGUAAUUGUUUUUCUUAUUCAAAUGUAGACUUUAAAUCAGGCAUGUCGAAUACAGUAGUGCCUACUUAAGUGUCCGCACUCGGGACCGGCCGCGAACGUUUAAAUGGGCAUGGUUACUUCUCAGAAUUCAACGGAGAUUAGGAAAGGGGAUAAGUGCGAGUGAAAUACGAUAGCUUGCACCCGAAACCAUAUAUGUACCUACAUAUUGUAUACAAUGUAUUGAUAACGACCGGCGUCAAGUUACGUUCGACACGCUCGAUGUUCGAAGCUGCUUGGCUUCCAAGAAUUGAUGGAGAUAACCGCGGACGUUUAAGUGGGCACUACUGUACAUACCCCAAUUCAUUACAUUUAAUAAGUCAUUUAACUUUUUGCAGAAUGUAAUAAAAAGUAAACUAUCUGGAAGGUAAAGUUUAAUUGAUCUACAUAUGGUCAAGAUUAAUUUGAUACACGGAUCAUGUUGCCAAUUAACUUAAAUAUCAUUAUAUCUUUCAUCGAUUCUGAAGUUAAUAUGGGUUUAAGGUUUGAUACCAAAGUUUAAUAUUUUGGUGUCUGUAAGAUAAUGGCAAGUAUUUAAAAAGAACAAAAAUAUGAAGU